AUGUCUCACUUAACAGCCCUACUUAAAAAGAACUAUAUAUUGUGGAAGAGGAAUUGUUGUUGCUCAGUUUGUGAAAUCUUGCUUCCUUUAUUUUUCAUUGGAUUAUUGUUAACAAUCAGGUAAUUAUUUAUGUUGAAGACUAGAGUCUAAGUUGAAAUUGAUGAUAUUCCUGAAUCAUCUUACUUAAAAUUCAACAAAGAUGCAGAUCUCCCUCGUAUUUUAGCACCAAACUUGAAUAAUUUUCCAUUGAAUCCUAAUCAAGACACUGAAUUAUUGUUGAAAUCACUGCCUUAAUUAAAGUAAAUACUUAAUUAUAUCUUAGAAAUUGUAUAGAUAAUAGAGAUAAUUAAGGAGCUUCAUACAGAAAUGGAUUAAUCGGUAUUGGACCAGAAGAGAAUGAAGUGGCUUAAAAAUUAUCAACUUACUUUGUUGAUUAUUAUGGAUACUAAGUGAAGUGGUUCAAAAAUAAUGAUGAAAUCGACAAUUAUGUGAGAUCAGAAGGAUAUAAUAAACUAGAAUAAACAAAAGGACUCUGUUUGGCAAUAAUGUUUGAAACAGAUGAUUUUAAUCUAAAGAAUUUUAGUUAUUCUUUAAGAUUUAAUACUUCAGAUACAACAGAUUACAUAGAAUAUCCCUUGAAUAGAAAGGAUAAGAUUAAUUCAUUUAAAUAGUAUAUAUUUGUUAAUAUAUUCUUAGUGAGGAUCAAGAAAUUACAUAUUUAUUUUAUGACAAUGGAUUUUUAACUAUUUAAAAUUGGAUUGAUAAUUUAAUUAUUCAAAAAUAUGAUACAUCCGUAACUAUAGAACCCACUCUUAGUCAUGUUAGAUCAAGAGAUCACAUUUAAGAUAAAUUUCCUGAUUUUGUAAAUGGAGCAUAUGGAAUCUAUCUUGCAUUACCUUUGAUGAUUGUAUUUUUAAGAAUGACACAUGGUAUUAUAUAUGAAAAAGAGAAGAAGUUGAGAGAAGGAAUGAAGAUUAUGGGAUUAAGCAAUACAUAAUUUUAUUUGUCUUGGAUAAUUCAGUACUUGUUAAUUUAUGGAAUCAUAUCAGCAUUGGCAACAGCUAUUUUAAGUAUGAUCAUAAAAUAUAUUAUUUUAGAAAGCAUGAUAUUACCAGAGUCUAGUUGGGGAUUUGUAUUUCUAAAUUACUACUUAUUUUGUCUAGUUCUUAUAGUGUAAUCACUUUUUUUAUCAGUGUUUUUCUCAUAAGCAUUGACAGGAUUAAUAGUUUCAAUUGUUUGGUAUUUACUAAUGUUUUUAAUGUUAAAUUUGGUACCUGGUAAUGCUAUUCCAACUAGAAGUUAAUAUUGGGGAGUGUCAUUUUCAAGUUAAGCUUCAUUAGCAUUUUCAUUUGGUGUGAUUACUCUUAUGGAAUCAUAAGGAAAUGGAUUUGAUGGAUCCAAUUUGACAACAACUAUAAAUAAUUAUAGUAUAUCAAUAGCUUGGACUUGGCAUAUCAUUAAUAUUAUUGCUUAUUUGAUUUUAGCUAUAUAUUUAGAUUAAGUAUUUCCAAAUGAAUGGGGUGUUAAGAAACAUCCAUUAUUCUUUAUUAGUUGGAUUUGGGAGAAAAACAGAACAGAUAGAGUAAGCCAUAAAUCCAUGUCAAUUGAAAGAAUGAAUACUCAUGAUGAUAAAUUUGAAGAAGUAGAAUAAGCUUUGAAAGAAUAAGAAUAAAAAAAUGAGGCCCUCAUUAUUAAAGGAUUAUGUAGAACAUAUCCAAAUGGUAAAUAGGCAGUGAGUAAUCUAAAUUUAUCCAUGUAUUAAGGAUAGAUAUUUGCAUUAUUAGGACAUAAUGGAGCUGGUAAGACAUCAACAAUUUCAAUGCUUACAGGAUUAUUGGAAAUUACAAAAGGAGAUGUUGUUGGUUAUGGUUUUGAUGUAAAAACUUAAUUAUCAGAAUUAAGAAAAAUUAUGGGAGUGUGUCCACAACAUGAUAUUCUAUUUGAUAAUCUAACAGUAAAAGAACAUUUGGAAUUGUUUGCAUAAUUUAAAGGAAUUAAAUCAAGUGAAAUAUAAGAUUAAAUAACUAAAAUAAUAGCUGAUGUUGAUUUGACUGAUAAAACAGAUUAUUUAAGUAAAAAUCUAUCAGGUGGUUAAAAAAGAAGAUUAUCAGUUGCUAUUGCAUUUAUUGGAAAUUCAAAAUUAGUAUAUUUAGAUGAGCCUACUUCAGGAAUGGAUACAAGUGCAAGAAGAUAUAUAUGGGAAAUGUUAAAGAAUUACAAAGAUAAUAGAAUUAUAGUUUUAACAACACAUUUUAUGGAUGAAGCUGAUUUCUUAGGGGAUAGAAUUGGAAUAAUGGGUGAAGGUAAAUUAUUAUGUUCUGGAAGUAGUGUAUUUUUAAAGAAUAGAUUUGGAGUUGGAUAUAAUUUAACUUUAGUUAAAGAUAGUACAUAAAUUGAAUCUUAACCAAUCAUAGACAACGUUAUGAAAUAUAUUAGUUCUGCUACUAUUCUAUCUAAUGUAUCUGCUGAAGUAGUUAUGCAAUUACCAAUUGAUUCAGUUGAUAAAUUCCCAAAUCUUUUUGAAUAUUUAGAUAAGAAUUUGAAAACUUUACAUAUUGCUACUUAUGGAAUAAGUAUUACUACUUUAGAAGAGGUUUUCUUAAAAGUAGCCAAAAUAGGAGCAGGACAUGAAUAAGUUGAUGAUGUAUAAAAUAAAGAAAAGAAUGAUGAAAUUAAUUAGAAUGUAGAUUUACAUAUAUAAAAAAUUGAAGGAUUUUGUUCUACUUUCUUUUUACAUUUAUUUGCAUUAAUGUAAAAGAGAUUUAGAAUUUUCAAAAGGGAUAUUAGAGGAUUAAUUUGUGAAAUAUUUGUACCAAUUUUAGUAGUGAUUUCUGGAUUAGCUAUAAUGACUGUAAAAUGGAUGAAAGAUGAUGAUUUAGCUAUUAUUACACCAUAAGGUCUUUAUGAUGAUAUGAAAUUAUAAUUGUUUUGGGGAGGAAAUUAAGCAGGUUAAGAUUUGAUGCAAUAUUUUUCAAAUGAUGAUUGGAAUAUUUCAAAAUUAUCUACAGAUUUAGAAUAAGCAGAUAAAGAAUAUUUUGAUUAAUUUGAAUUAAGAGAAAGUCCAGGAUGGUAUUUCUUUAAUUAAUUUAUUGGAUCCACCUAUUCCUAUUGGUUUUUACAGAAUUCAGUAUUUGUUCAAAGUUCUCCAUUACUAUUAAAUCAAAUGAAUUAAGCAAUUCUAAGGAAAGUAACUAAUACACCUUCAGCCAAUCUUUAAUUAUCAUUUUAUCCAUUCCCAUAAACUUAAAAUGAAAAGAGUAUAGAUUAAUCAGUAGCAGGAUAUCUAUCAGCUUUUAUAUUUUCAAUAGGUUUUGCAUUUAUUCCAGCUUCAAUUAUAUCAUUUAUUGUAAAAGAAAGAGAGAUAAAUAUUAAACAUUAAUAAUUAGUUUCUGGUGUAUCAGUUUUAGCUUAUUGGGCAAGUAAUUGGAUAAUUGACAUAGUAAAACAUUUAAUACCUGCAAUUGUAAGUGCAUUAAUGGUAUUAGCAUUUGAUAUAGAUGCAUUAAUAUUGGAUGGUAAUUAUGGAGCAGUAUUUCUAUUCUUUAUACUUUAUGGAUGGGCUAUUAUACCUUUUAGUUAUGUAUUGAGUUUCUUUUUCAAAGUGCCAGGAAAUUCAUUAUUAUCAUCCUUCUUUAUUCAUCUUGUAUUUGGAUCAAUCAUUAGUAUUGUCAUUUAUGUAUUUUUCCUAAUUGAAUCUACUAGAGAUGCUGCAUCAUAUUUAGUAUGGAUCUUUAGACCAAUUCCUUCAUUCUCUUUUGCUUUGGGAUUGCUUAGAACAAGUUUAAAAUAAUUCUUUGAAUUGAUUUUUUAGAAUUCAAUUACUCCACCUAAUACAUUUGCAAUGAGAGUAGCAGGUGAAGAUUUAUUAGUACUUGCAAUAAGUGGAGUUGGAUAUAUGAUUAUAGUAUUUAUUUUGGAAUUCUUUGAAGAUAAUGGAUCAUUAUAAAAAUUGGGAUCUAAUGAAGCAUCCAUACCAUACAAACCUAAAAUACUUGAUGAUGAUGUUGAAAGAGAAUAAUAACUAUGUUAAAAUUAUAAGCCUUAAGAUCAAGCUAUUUUAGUUAGGAAUUUGAGAAAAGUAUUUAUGUUAGAAAAAAAAUAACAUAAAGUUGCUGUUGACAAUAUAUCAUUUUCAGUAGGAAAUGGAGAAGUAUUUAGUUUAUUAGGAGUUAAUGGAGCUGGUAAAACAACUACUUUUAAAAUAUUAUCAGGAGAAUUAAAACCAACUUCUGGAAUAGCUUAUGUUUCUGGACAUAGUGUUAUUGAUUAAAUUUAAAAUGCCAGAAAAAAUAUUGGAUAUUGUCCAUAAUUUGAUGCUUUAUUAGAUAAUCUUACAGUAUGUGAACAUUUAGAAUUGUUUGCUAAAAUUAAGGGAAUUACUAAUACACAUCUUAAUGAAUUAGUUGAAAAAAAGAUGGUUGAAAUGGAUCUUAAAAGAUUUGAAUCUGUAGAAGCAGGUUAAUUAUCAGGUGGUAAUAAAAGAAAGUUAUCAGUUGCUAUUGCUAUGAUUGGUAAUCCACCUAUAGUAUUUCUUGAUGAACCAUCUACUGGUAUGGAUCCAGAAGCUAGAAGAUUCAUGUGGAAUGUUAUAUCAAGAAUAUCCACUUAAAGAAAAUAAAGUUCAAUUAUAUUGACUACUCAUUCAAUGGAAGAAGCAGAAGCAUUAUCAACUAAAAUUGCCAUUUAAGUAGAUGGUAAUUUAAGAUGUUUUGGAUCUGUCUAACAUGUUAAAAAUAAAUAUGGUUAAGGAUACGAAGUUGAAAUUAAAUUAUAAAAACCAUAAGUAAAUUUACUUGAUUAAAUUAUUAAUAAGAUGGGAUUAAGCAAAGGUAUAAAGUUAAAUUAAUCAGCAACUCUCAAUGCUUUAUAAAAGAUUAAUUAAGAUUAAUUAAUGAAUUUUAUUAAACCUAAAGAAUCAGGAUCACAUUUAUAUAAUGAUUUAAAUAGACAUGGAAUAAGUGUUGAAACAUUAGCAGAGUAUGUACUUGUUGAAUCAAAUGGAAAAGAAUUAUUAGAAUUUAUUUAGUAAUAACUUGGAUAAUAUGAAGUUAUUGAACAUUUCUAAACAUUUUAUAGGAUUAGAUUACUUUCAAAUAUAACAGCUGGAAAAUUAUUCUCAGCUUUUGAAAAGAAUAAAUAAUAAUUAACAAUUUCAUAAUAUUCUAUUAAACAAGCUUCUAUAGAAUAGAUAUUUAAUAUAUUUGCAAAAUAAGAUUUAUAAUAAAAAGAUUAAAAUUAAGAAUAAGUUCACAUUCAAGUUUAAUCAUGA